AUGGAGUCAUUACAAAUGAUGGAUAUUCUGCGGAUAUGCACAGUGCUGGAGGACAGUCUUGAUCAGCUCUCCAUUUUGGGAUAUAUCAUGCCUGUAUCUUACCAGGGUCGCAGUGAGAUUGUAGGAAAUGAGAUUGGCAAAAUUCUGAAGACCCAGAGACAGCUGGAGGGGAAGUUAGAGGAGCUGAUGGGAACACGUGCACAGGUUCGAUUAACAUCCCCUCUGCUUUCUAACAAGCUGCAGAAUUUGACUAAGCAGGUUGAGGACACCAGCGGAAAACUAAAAAUAAGCAACCAUCACUUUACACAUGCUGUGAAACAGAGCCCUCUAACCUCAGACAAUUUAAUAAAGGUCCAAGCAGACAGGCAAUUUGCUGCUGAUGUCAUUGCAGAUAUCUUAUAUGAGUUGGAAACUUCAGGAACAUUCCAAAGCCUCCAGCAAGCUGUAGUCAGAGAAAAGGAGAAGAAGGCUGAUUUCUACAACACAAUUUCUAGGGAAGAAGAGGGGAGACAGAAAAUUAAAUUAAUGCAAAAGCAACUACAAGAUGUCAAGAAAGAGAAAGAAUCUGAGAUGAAGAAACGCAAUGAGCUCAUUGCUCAACUGAAGUAUCAGCUGCAGGGGAUGAAAUCCAAGACUGGUAUGGAAGGCAGAUAUGUUAAGAAGGACACAGAACUGCAGAUCACCCAGACACAGAUGAAGUGCAGUAUGGGGGAGAAUGAGCUUCAGGGUGAGAUCCAGAAAUUUAAGGAGAGGAUGGAUGAAGAGAUCAGAAUUCACAUGGAGAUUGAGAAUUUUCUGAGGCAGUAUCAGCAGGAGUUAGAGGAAAAACUGGAAUACUGGAUGGACAAGUAUGAUAAGGACACAGAAGAGAAACAGGCAGAACUGAACUCCCUGAAGAUGUCUAGAGCCAAUGACUUGUCUCUCCUUCAGGAGCUUGCUAACAAGUGCAAGAAUUUUGAGAAGGUGAUUAUAGAAGACCGCUUAGAGAAGGAGAUUGAAGAAAGGCAAAAACAGCAGGAGAAACGUGAAUUAAUAAGCACAAUAAAGAUUCAGGCUUGGUGGAGAGGCAUGAUGGUGCGAAGAGGACUCGGACCCUACCUGAAUGUCAAGAGCAAGAAAGGGAAGGAAAAAGGGAAGAAAGCUAAAAAGGAGAAAGGAAAAAAGGGAGGAAAGAAGAAAUAGUUAUUUUAUUUCACAGCAAGCUCCAACAGUAAUAUUUCUUAACAACCGUUUUACCUUUAUUUGUAUUUCUGCUAAUUAUCAUUUUACAGAACAAAUAAAAUGUCAGCGUCCUACCGCAUAUUACUCACUGGUCAAAGCAUGAGACCAGUAAAAAAACAGAAACAGACACUUUUAAUUCAAAUAACCACAUUUAUUGCUCUGCUUAAUCUGAAACAGAAGAGCAGACAAUUUGAAGAGAAACAUCAAAAUAUAGUGACAUUUAUAUAUUCUUUAAACAAUAUUAAAAAUAUGGAAUGUAUUUACAGAAAUACACAAAUUAUGUGGCAUUUACAGGGGUUGAAUUCCCACUCAGACCAUCUUGUCAUAACUAAUCUGUACAAGACAAAGAACAAUAAAAUCCCCCACCCUCAAAAAUACAAUUUAUAAACCAAAAUAUAAAAUCUGGUUUAAAAUUCCACUCAAUUCUAAACCGUUUCACUCCGAACAAUGAAAGAAACUGUAUAAAUCUUUACAGGAAUCUACUAUCUAUGAGACAUUAUUAACAACUGAUGUUAGUUGUAAAUAACAUGCUGAUUUGCUAGUAGAUUUAAGAGGCAUAUUAAGGCAUUAUUUCCCAAUGACAAUACUGUAAUAUAGGUGAAAGCUUGGGUGACUAACAAUAGCUAUUUCUCUUAUGCAGAUAUUCAAUAUUUUGAAGAGAAAAAGCACCUGAAAAUUUCUUCUGGGAAGGGAAAAAGAACUUGCUAUGUUAUUGUCACGUCUGCAACAUUUUGUUAUGGUACCGACUAGAAAUAGUAUGACCAGGUUUUUCAGUAAAUACACAACAUCAUUUAAUUAGUCAUUAUCAAGGCAAUGAUAUCUAGCCAUGGGCAAUUUGUAAUUUGUUAUUGAUACAAAUGCUUAAAAUGGCUCAUAUUGGCGCCAGAUAUUAUAGUAAAAGUGCAGCUCACAAAUAUCUUAUCCACACUUUUCUCUAAUAUAUCCUGCGCCAAAAUGAGAUGAAUGCUAUGGACCACAGCUAUUUUGGGCAUUCAUUACAAUAACAAAUUAAUAAUUACACGUCUCAUAAUUACACAAAUAGGUUGUAUGAAUAAAUUAAAGGGACAUUAUACACUCAUUUUUUUCUUUGCAUAAAUGUUUUGUAGAUGAUCUAUUUAUAUAGCCCAUAAAGUUUUUUUUUAAAGUUUUUUAUAGUUUUGCUUAUUUUUAAAUAAAAUUGCUCUGAUUUUCAGACUCCUAACCAAGCCCCAAAGUUUUAUGAGAAUACCGUCAGCUUCAUAUGCAAAAGAAGGGGGAGGGGGAGUGUCUUAUUUCCCACUUGCAGUGGGCUUUCCAGCUCCCUUUUCAACAGAGCUAAACUGAGAGCUUCUAAGUAAGUUUAUAAACAGUUUUAUGCUGGAUAUUUAUAUCAGUAUCUGUGCAUCUUAUUCUUUAUAAUAGUGUCUAUUACAUGCAGUUAUAUGAAAAUGAGUGUAUACUGUCCCUUUAACUCUUUAAAAGGGACAUAAAGCCAAUUUUUUUCUUUCAUGAUUCGGAGAGAGCAUACAAUUUUAAACAACUUUCCAGUGUACGUUUAUUAUUAAAUUGUCUUUGUUUUCUGGUUAUCCUUUGUUGAAAAGCAGGAAGGUAAGUUCAGGAGUGUGCACGUGUCUGCAGCACUAUAUGCUAUAUUGUUUACUCUAUCUGAAUCAUGAAAGAAAAAAAUGGGUUUUAUGCCCAUUUAAAAAUGUCAGUUUCUGAAGCCUAAAUAAAAAAAUAUAUUAAAGCACAAUUUAAGUAAAUUGACUAAUAUUAUGGUGAUUAGAUUACAUUUAUCUUGGAUUCUUCUGACACAGGAGUAAAGGUGAUGCUAUGGAAUUCCCUGUAACAACCCAGUAUGUUUACCUUCCCCUAUCCUGCACACAGCCAUAGGUAAUAAUCUGCAUAACCAUGUGCCCUAAUAAAAGGUAUACUCUUUUCUUGAC